AUGGCUGCAGCUUCGCCGCAGAAAGCUGCAGCGGGCAGCCCGCUGCAGCCCGUUGCUGCAGCGGCUCCGCAGCAGCAGCAGCAGCAGCAGCAGCAGCAGCAGCACCACCACCACCACCACCACCACCACAAGGCCAGCUGGUACAGCGAGUACCUCUUCCUGGGCUCGAUCUUGUCGGGAAUUUACAUUUUCUUUUUGAUGUUUGGAUAUUAUCAAGAAAAGAUCUACAGUUCUCGCCACCCGGAGACUGGCGAGCGCUUUUCUUACUCUUGCUUUUUGGUGUUGUCUGCAUGCGUCAGCAACACGGUGUUUGCGUUUUUGCUGCUGCUGCUGCAGCACCGCCGCCGCGCGCUGCAGCUGCUGCUGCAGCUCAGCAGCAGCAGCAUUCGCGAGAUCUUUCUUAUUUCCCUUUCUUAUUCCGGAUCCAUGUUGUUCACUAAUUAUGCUUUAACUCACGUGAACUAUCCAACUCAAAUUUUGGUGAAGUCCGCAAAAAUGGUGCCCGUCGUCGUCGGCGGCUUCGUCUUCUUCGGAAAGACGUACCCGUGGCAGGACUACUUGUCGGUGGUGGUGGUGACGUGUUCGCUGGCCGCGUUUCAGCUGUGCAAGAGCGAGGGGAAAGCAGCAGCAGCAGCAGCAGCAGCAGCAGCAGCAGGAGAGAACUCGCUGCUGGGGCUGCUGCUGCUGUGCGGCUCGCUGCUGUGCGACGGGCUCACGGGGCCGCGGCAAGACCGCUUAGUUGCUGCUGACAAAAACAUAAAUUCGAUUUUGCUGAUGCUGGUGACGAACGGGUUUGCUGCUGCAGUGGUUGCUGCUGCUGCUGCUGCAGCAGAAGGCGCGGCCCCGCUGCUGUUCCUGCAGCAGCAGCAAGAAGCAGCAGCACAUCUCUUUGCCUUUUGCGUCUGCGGCUCUUUGGGGCAGCUUUUCAUUUACCAGAGCUUGACGCACUUCGGGUGUCUGUACACCUCGCUCUUCACCACCAUUCGCAAAGCGGCUUCCACUGUCUUUUCAGUUUAUGUUUUUAAUCACAAAUUAAAUGCCAUUCAGUGGACAGCUUUUGCUGCCAUGUUUGCUGCAGUGCUGCUGCAGUCCUACGUCACCAAGCGCAGCAAACUGCGCCACCAACGCCGCAAAAAGGAGGCCUGA